UCACCUAAGAAAAAUAUACAAAGUUCGUUUUAUCGAACAAUUACUAUACAAUAUGCCUGUAAUCUAAAGAUUGACGUCAUACAGUAACCUCUUUCUUAGACUGCGACGUAAUUUGAGAAUAAAUACCUACUGGCUUUCGCCUGUCUCGCAGUUUCUUGUCAGCAAACAUGGCGAAUUCGUUCCGUGUAUUAAUAGUUAUUCUGUGUUUGGUUAAUGCUGUGUUAACUCAGGAUGGUUAUAUGGAACAGCGUAUGAUCAACUCGCUCACCGAUGAGAUCAUCCCAUACAAACACGGUUUAUCGAAUGGAGAAUAUUGCAUCAACAGUGCAGAAUGUUUGAGUGGGUGUUGCUUGAAGACUGACAACAGUAGAAAAUGUUCACCCAAAUCAUUGAAGGGGGAAAUGUGUAGUAAUUCGGUGUUAAAGGGAGAGAUAUACAGGAGUUUUUGCCCAUGUAUAUCGGGAAAAAAUGCGUGUAGUAAUGUUAAAGGUAGGAACGGCAUCUGUUAUUUCUGAAUGCACCUCAUCUGUUCUUCUGUCAUAUAGAUUAAUAAAGUGAUUUAGUUUUAUA